GUACAGGUGUGCUUUUCGGCGUUGGUCCAGGUUAUUGUGGAGUUCUGUUCGAGGAGGCGCGCGCGUGCAAUAUAUCAAGUGUUGUCCACCAUUUAAAAUUUUCUCAGCCUGUAGAAAGGAGGGUUCGUCGUCUUUGAACAGUGUGCAGCAAAUAUAAAAGAAAUAAUACCUGCAAUUUUCGCAUUACCACUAAUCAAUAGCCCCAACUGAUUGCAACUUUUAUUUUUAUUGGCAAUUGUGAAAUUGCAACGAAAUCAAAAGUGACGCCCGAGUGAAGAAAAAAAAGUCAGGUGCUAUCGUGGUGAAUUGGCAGCAACGUUUGGAACCUAAGAAGAAGACAAAGUGUUUUCGGUGUACCCAUAGAGUUUGUAAAUUAUUAAGGUUGCAUAAAAGCUUUAAUUGGUGCACUCAGUGCUUGUGAAGAAUUCAAGAAGAUUUAUUAAACAUUUGUGACUCUGAAAGAAAAUUAACAAAACAGUUGACCUCUCUAUCACUCUAAACCAGUCGGUCAGUGCUUCGAACACCUAUUUCAACAUCCUUCAUCUUUUCAACACACUUUGAAAAUUGCACGUGGCGCAACAGCAGCGGUUAGAACAGAGUAAAAUUUCCCAUUUUAACCGGACGACGUGUUCUUUGCAGCAACGACAAAGCGAAAAACAUCAAUCAACAUGCUAUCCUAAAGACAACACCGCAACUAGCACCGAAAGCAUCACCAGCAACUGGCGUAACUAGAUAGGGACACAAUAUACAUCUCGCCGAAAAAACACCUCCAAGAUGACUGCUGUAGAGGUUCAUUCUGGCUAUAAAUACUACGGGAAAGAAAAUGACCCAAACAAAAAGAUUGUAUUAAACCAUCUUAACAUGAGCGUUACCAGAGGAUCCAUAUAUGGAUUACUGGGUGCGUCCGGAUGCGGAAAAACAACACUCCUCUCGUGCAUCGUGGGAAGGAAAUUUCUCAACGAUGGAGAAAUCAGCGUGCUUGGUGGAACGCCAGGGACACCAGGUUCCGGCGUGCCGGGCCCACGUAUCGGUUACAUGCCCCAGGAAAUAGCCCUGGUUGAGGAAUUCUCCAUCAAGGAAACCAUCUACUACUUCGGAAGGAUAUACGGGAUGUCGACGGAGAAAAUUCGAGAACGAUACAAACUACUCAAAGAACUGCUUGAGCUACCUUGCGACGACCGCCAUGUCGGAAAUUGCAGUGGGGGUCAACAAAGACGGGUUUCCUUCGCCGCUGCCAUGGUCCAUGAGCCUGAAUUGCUGAUCUUGGACGAGCCGACCGUUGGUCUUGACCCGUUGCUGCGAGAAAGAAUAUGGCAAUAUUUAGUCGAAACGACAAGUUCAAGUAAACUGGCUGUGAUAAUAACGACACACUACAUCGAGGAAGCGAGACAAGCUUCUUGUAUUGGUUUGAUGCGAAAUGGAAUUCUGCUAGCAGAGGAUUCGCCGGUCGCCAUUCUAGAGCGAUUCAACUGUACAAAUCUGGAAGAUGCUUUUCUCAGCCUUUGCCAAAAACAUGGUCCGUCCGAAGAAGCCGACAGGACCACACAUCAGUCACACACGAUACGUAGCAUAAAGUCGAUCGAAUCGCCCCCGAUCAUCGAAGACGUUGGAACCGAUAUCAAAAAAUCCAUCCCACCCCUCACUUCCGCAACUGACGAAAAGAGCAAAAGUUUGUACGAAGAAAGCGGCAAACCAAUCACAAAAAGCAUUAAAGAGCUGUUGAGCUUUACGACGAAACGAAGAAUGAAUGCUUUGCUGUCGAAAAAUUACCUGCAAAUGAUCCGGCAACCAGCUGGAAUGGUAUUUCUGUUCCUUUACCCCAUAUUUCAGCUGGUAAGUUUUUACGUAGCGAUAGGUGGCGACCCGAAAGAACUGCGGCUGGGGAUCGUGAACGACGAGGUCAGCAACAUCCAGGAGUGCUUCAACAAAUCCUUGAUCCAUACCUACUACAAAGACGAGUACGACUGCGAACUGUAUAAAACGUCCUGCGCGUUUCUGAACCACUUGAACCGGAGCUUCGCAGUGCAGGAAUAUUACGACACGUUUGACGAUGCAUAUCACGCUACCAAAAAGGGCAAGAUAUGGGGAUUCAUCUACUUCACCUCAAACUUCACAGAAUCACUGCAAGACGUUAGAGACAAUGUACGCGACGCAGAACCAGGAUCGUACGACAACCAAGAGAUCAAGGUGUACCUGGACAAAUCCGACCAGCAGGUGACGUUCUUUUUGGAGAAAAAGCUGCUUGAGGCGUAUAAAAACUUUGCCGAAUACUUAAUGACCGAAUGCCAGCUGCCCAAGCAAUUAGCAAACGCUCCCAUUAACUUUGAAACCCCAUUAUACGGCACAUUUGACGAUGAAUUCACCAAUUUCAUGGCUCCUGGAGUUAUCAUGACAAUGGUAUUCUUCCUCGCUACGCUGAUCACCGCCACGAUCUUUAUUACCGAUCGACUUGAAGGAGUUUGGGACAGAACACUAGUCGCAGGCAUCACGGCCCUCGAGCUGCUGCUGGCACACAUAAUGACGCAAACGUCGAUUAUGCUGCUGCAAUGUAUCGAGAUCGUUCUUCUCGCGACGUUCGUUUUCGAUGUCCAGAACCAAGGCAGCAACGCUGUGGUGAUAGGCCUCCUGAUGUUGCUCGGGUUUGCGGGAAUGUUGUUUGGGCUGCUCAUCUCCAUUUUCUGCGAUGCGCACUCAACGGCCAACUUCAUGGCUACGGGUACCUUCUAUCCGAUGAUUAUCAUGUGUGGAAUAAUGUGGCCCUUGGAAGGAAUGCCCCGUUACCUGCAGUACAUCGCUUACUGCUUCCCGUUCACGGUGCCAUCGAUAUCUAUGCGCAAUGUGCUGGUUAAAGGCUGGAGCAUAACGGACUUCCAAGUAUACAUGGGCUACGGCACGAUCAUCAUCUGGAUCAUCAGCCUGCUGCUGCUUUGCUUAGUAGGGCUAAAGAUGAAGAAAUAACACCUGAAAACCGCGCAAAUUGGUUUUCUUUACGGCUCAUUAGAAUAGCAUUAUUCCUGGAAUGUACGUACCGUGAGUCUACCUAGAACACGUGACCAAUUGCUUGAAAAAAUGAAAACAAUCAGGUAAAGAAUAACCCGUUUUAUGAUUACAUAAAUUAAUCAAGAGAGCGCUAUUGGGCGGGAAUAGGCUCACGGUACUGCUACCACGGAAAUAAGUAUUAAUUUCUACGAUUGAUUGUUCAAUCGGAACGAUUAAAAGAGUGAAAUGAAAAGUAACGCGACGAUUGAAGAUUUGUAGCGAACUGAUUGUUACCAAAACUUGAGGAAUAUCUUCUUUUUUUUUUCAAACGUAGAUCAUAGACAAUCCCUCUCUAAAAAUCUUUGAAUCAAACAUUGCCAUUCCAAUGGUAAUUUGUACGUAAGGCGUUUACUGAAAGUCUGUUAUUUAUGAUGCUAAAGUUGGUUAGUUUUAUUAUGUAAAUGCAGGGGUACGUAAAAUGUAUUGUUUAGUUGUGAUUGUGAUGAAUGUAAUUUAUUAUUCUGCUAAAUCAAUGUUAUUAGCAAAUCAACAGGUGAACCUCAUAUUAAAAAUCUACCAAUUCAAUGCCAAUUGAAAAUGAGCAACCCGUUUAUUCCAAAAUAUAUGCAGAUAAUCUACAGACCAUAGGAUUAAGUUCAUUGGUUAAUCUGGGAACUUUUUUUGAGCUGUAUAAACUAAGGAUUAGCAUAUUACAACAUUGAAGUCAACAAGUGCCUUUGUAUAUGUACUACGCUUUUUGUAUAAAACUGAUGUAUAAAUAAAGUUAUAAGCAAUCUAAA